AUGAAGAUCAAGGAGCUACUGAAGACGGUGAAUGUAGCAUGGUCUCCACCAGCUCAACAUCCUAUUAUGUUAGCUGCAGGGACAGCUGCACAACAAUUAGAUGCAAGCUUCAGUACUUCUGCCAGUUUGGAUCUGUAUUCAUUGAACCUGCAACAGCCUGGAUAUGAAAUGGAACUUCAAGCUAGUAUUCCCAGUGAUCAUAGGUUUCACAAGAUUAUUUGGGGAUCCUAUGGAAAUAACCCUGCUGGCAUCAUUGUUGGAGGUUGUGACUAUGGCAUGAUAAAAAUUUACUCUGCUUCAAAGUUGUUGGCUAAGGAAUCUAACUGUUUGAUAAGCAGUCCUGAUAGACAUACUGGUCCAGUUAGAGCAAUGGAUUUUAAUCCCUUCCAAGCUAAUCUAUUGGCUACAGGUGCAACAGAGAGCGAAAUUUAUAUUUGGGAUGUAGUUAAUACAAACACACCUAUGACUCCUGGUUCCAGAAGUCAGCCAUUAGAAGAUGUUCAGUAUAUUGCUUGGAACAAACAAGUACAACACAUUCUUGCAUCAACAUUUUCACAAUGUUGUGUUAUAUGGGACUUGAGAAAAAAUGAACCAAUUAUUAGACUGACAGAUGCAAAUUCAAGGGUACGUUGGAAAGUUGUUCAAUGGCAUCCUGAUGUUGCAACGCAACUGUGCUUAGCAUCAGAGGAUGAUCAGACACCCAUUAUUGAAUUAUGGGACUUAAGAUUUGCAAUGUCUCCUCUGAAGACAUUACAAGAUCAUCAGCGUGGUGUUCUUUCAAUUGCAUGGAAUCCGCACGACCCCGAUCUACUUUUGAGUUGUGCCAAAGAUAACAGAAUUUUGUGCUGGAAUCCUAACUCAGAUGCACCGAAUGGUGAAGUAAUAUGUGAGUUGGCUCAAACAAAACAAUGGAACUUCGAUGUAUCUUGGUGCCCAAGACAUCCAGGACUAAUCGCUAGCAGUAGUUUCGAUGGUUACGCUGUUGUUUAUUCCUUGCUAGGUGGACAGCAACAAACUUCUAUGGGAACGUCCAGUAAAAUAGCAGAUUCGUUUCCAGGAAUGGAAACUUUCACUCAGUUCCCACCUACAGUACAAACUGAGAAGACAGCAAUACUGACAAAAGCUCCCAAAUGGUUAAAGAAGCCAUUUGGAGCAUCAUUUGGAUUUGGUGGUAAAUUGGUGAUUUUCGAGAAUCUACCCAGUGAUCCGAAUUUACCAAUAAACUCAAACAGAACAGUUAUUAUAUCGCAAGUAAUAACACAACCCAGUCUUAUUCAACGUUCCAAUAAUUUGGAAGAAACACUGAAAACUGCACAAUAUAGCGAUUAUUGUCAAGGAAAGAUAGAUAGAUCUCCAGAUGAACAUGUCAAAAAGAUCUGGAGCUGCGUUCAUGCCUAUUUUGGUGAAAAUGUGACGAAAAAUAUAUUGGAAUUAUUGGGUUACAAUAUUGACAUAAUGAAUAACAAACUAAAUCAGUAUGUACCUCAGGAUGAUAUGAACAGUAUUAUUGAAGGCGUCUCUAAUCUCAACAAUGUGCUGAAUGGGAAUGUUUUAGAUGGCAGUGCUGCAUUUGAUGCCAUUGCGCAAGAACAAAGUAAAAAAGUAGUCUCCUCAAAUAAAUCUACAGACAAUAUUUACACCAUAAAUACUUCUGAUGAUGAGGAUGGUCUCAUCACUCAAGCCGUCCUCUUAGGAAAUAUCGAAGCAGCCGUGUCUUUGUGCUUUGCCAACAAAAGAUAUGCCGAUGCCAUCAUCCUCUCGAUGGCUGCUGGCCCCGAAUUAGUAGCACGUACCCAGUACAGAUACUUCUUAGAACAUUCCGGCCCAUUAAAUUCUCUGAUUAAUUCACUAGUUAGUGAGAAUUGGACAGAGGUUGUCAUGAAUAGUGAUAUAAAGUGUUGGAAGGAAGUAUUAGUCGGCAUAUUUACACAUUCCAGUGCAGAAGAACGACCUGCUUUGUGCGAUAUGCUUGGCGACCGUUUGACUUCCUGUGAGAAUCCUAUUCUCAAGAAGCAAGCGGAAAUUUGUUACAUUUGCUCCGGCAAUUUGAAUAAGUUAAUCGAGGUGUCCGACGGGGACAUUCAAGAAGUGGUGGAAUUAGUUGUGAUAAUGCAAAAAGCUUUGGAAUUUCAAGGUAUUAAAGAGAUUCAGAUAGAGGAUAAAAUCGCUACUGUACUAUCCGAAUACGCGGAGAUGUUAGCGGCGGAAGGCAAUCUAGAGGCCGCAUUGAAUUAUCUCGGAAACAGUCAAGAGCAAAGAAUUUCGAUGUUGAGAGAUCGUCUCUUUAGAGCUUUGGGCUACAUAGAGGAACAGAAGCAUGUCACGAAGCCCAUGACUCAAAACUAUUAUGACCGAAAAUUAUCGCAGAUGUCGCAAAAUACAUAUAGCUCGCAAGUACAGCAACCAUUGCAGCAUCAACAGCAACAGCAGCAAACAGCGCCAGUGCAAAAUUGGAACACGACUCCUUUGAAGCAGACUUACGGGUCCACCACGAAUCAGUUUACGAGCCAGCCGUCUCAAUCGUACGGAAUGCCACCGCCUCUUCCUCAAGCUCAAAUACAGUCCGGGAUGUACGAUCAAUAUUCCACAUCGCAUCCGUACAACCAGAUCCCAGCGGCUCAGCCUCCACCGCCACCUCCAACUACGUCGAACUCCAGUUUGAGCGGCUCAAGACCGCCCAGUGUCGGUCCUCAGUCAAGAUCGAAGUAUCUUAUAGAUCCGUCGGUCAAGUCCACACCUUCGUACGGUCAGAGCAACUUUCCGCCGCAGAAUCAAUUUUACAACUCUCAGCAAAUUUCGUCCGUUCCCGGUUACCCUUCACCAAACCCCUAUCAACCUCAAGUUCCUGUACCAGGUGCCACCUAUCCUCCUAACCAGCCGCCAAAUUUCAUGAACAAUCCAAAGGAACCUGAGCUUUACAAGUCGCUUCCGCCGAACGCGAUGUCACCGUUACAAAUUGCAUCUCAGAUUCAAAUGUACGAUCCUGUUAGAUCCCAGCCACCUCCGUCAACGCAGACAUACGGAAACGAGAACAUGUACCAGUUACCGCCACAACCAUCUGGAUGGAAUGAUCCGCCGAUCGGGAAAAAUCCCAGAGUACCGCCAGUACUGGCAUUAUACGAAAAAAACGAAAUGUCUGCGGAACACGCUGGCACCAGGAGGUGGAAGACGAAGCAUUCGAAAGGUUUAGGCGUUAAGCCAAAAACAGAAUUUCAACCACAGAAUCCUAUUGUACACCCGUUGAGAAGUAAUCAGGCAGAGCCGAACUUGUUAGCUAAAGACAAUUUCUAUCAAGAUCCUCACGCACCUUGCAAUCCACAAUAUGGACAAAGCGUGCCAGCCGCUCCACCAUUCAACAAACCAAUAGAAUCACCACUACAACCUGUAAUGCCUGCGAGAAUAGUUGAACCUGAGAAACCUAAAGUACCUAUUCCCGAGCAGCAUAUGCAUUUGAAAACGAUAUUAGAUGAAUUAAGAAAUCAAUGCUAUGAAAGUGCAAAGAGCCCACAAAUCAAAAGAAAGCUAGAAGAUGUGUCGAAGAAAUUAGAAGUGCUAUACGAUUGCCUUAGAGAAAAUAAGUUAUCCCAAAAUACUUUGCAAGGAUUACAUCAAAUAUCACAGAUGAUUCAAAAUGGCAAUUAUACAGGAGGAUUAGACUUACAUACACAAUUAGUGUCAGGACCCGAUUUUAGUGAAAUAGCUUCCUUUAUGCCCGGGAUUAAAGUAUUACUUCUAAGUGCCCUUCAAAUGAGCGUUUACAUUAGAUAGAAUGCUCAAGUAUACUAUGUUGUUUAUAUGUAUCCAUUAUGAAUUUUUUUGUAAUUCUAAACAGCCUUAAUGAGAGUUAUUUGUGCUACAUUAACUUUAUAUAACAUAAUCAGUAUAAGAUAUAUAAAAUAGUCAUAAUGUAGUACAUAAUUAUAUCCAUAAUUAAUCCUGUUACUUAGCUCUCUUUAUAUGUCAUCACUCGUGUUUAAUAGACUGGAAGAUAAAAACUCCCGCUUUAAUUGUUCUUUUUUAAUGAAAGUCAGUAGUCCUUAUUACGUAUUCUCUUUUAUCGAUAAAGGUGUCUAAAUAAAUGGCUUAUUAACUUUCAGAUUAGUUUUGAGUCACUGAGAGAGACUGUUAUCGAUAAAAGAGUUCAGCCAAUAUAUAUUUUCGUACUCUAUAUAUCCAACUAAGAUAAAUCUUGUAAUAAUUUUAAUUGGAUUUACAUAUUAAAUUUUAUCUACAUAUUUUUUAAUUAGAGGAUAUUUAUUCUCUAAUUAAAAACAAGAAAAUGGGAAAGAGCAUUUUUUAUGCGAUAUCUUAUAAAUUUAUCCUAUUAAGCGCAAAUGAUGGCAUGCAAGAGAACUAUUUUAUUUCAUAUAAUGUAAGAAUAGAUCAUAUAUGAUUUUCCGCUUAUACCAUAAUCGAAUAUGGCUAUUGACCAGAUGAUUCAUCAGAAAGUUUAAGAAUCAUAUUUUAUCUAGAUUAACUUUAUAUAAUUUUGCCAGUUAUCAAUCUUUUAUUGUUAAAUAUAUAAGAGAAAUAACGAGAUGUUACAGACGUCCGUACAAAAAUUUAAAAAAUAAGAUGUUACAAAGAAAUUUGUUUUAACAAUUCUACAUGUAUAUAUUAUAGUGUCAAAAUGGAUCAAGAUAAGAUUAAGCACUUAAUUUUUUAAAUGUCAAAUUCAAUUUUAAAUCUUUAUAUUAGUUAUUGAUAUAAAUAUUUCAAUGUAAAUUAUGUACACGGACAACGGUCUUCUGUUUUUAUUUAAUAUGUAAAGUGGGAUUUUGCAAUAAAUAAUAUUGGCAUACUCUUUAAUUGUAUAAAUUUGUACAAUGUUUUGAAAAAUAUUUUCUAAAUUACAAAAUAUUAUUUAUUGCCAUUAAGUGCAACCUGCGAAACAGAUUGGAGUUAUGGAUUUCGCGUAUGCAGUUUUAAAUAAUAUAAAAAUAAUAUAAAAAUUCUUAUCAAAUGCAAGCUAUGAUAAUAAAUGAUAGGAAACUAUAUGUAGUCAUUGGAUAAUUAAAGUAUGCAGAAUGGCAUUUUUCUCGUUGACAAUAAAUUUCUGCAAUAAUUCAUCCAAAGAGUCAAUACCGUCUCGUGCGGCUUGUCGACGCAUAAUUUGCUUGAUCUCCUCACGUACUCCUUUAUCAGCACCACGAGUAGUGAUGCGGCGAUCUAAAAUAACUUUUCUAUUACAACUUUUUUUAUUUGUACAUGCUAUAACAUGCAUAUUUGUGUAACAUGCUAAGUAUAUUAAAGGUGUCAUCAUAUA